AUGUGUGUGUUAGAGAAGGUAACCAAUGUUGAUAAAGCUCCAGAAGGUUUGUUAGAGAAGGUAACCAAUGAUGAUGUCAUAAUUGGGCUAGGCUAUGUGUGUGUUAGGAACAGGAUUGGGCAAGAAACAUAUGAAGAAGCACGAUUGGAAGAGGCAAGACUGUUUGAGUCCCACCCUUUGCUGUCAAGGAUUGAUAAAUCGAUAGUAGGCAUCCCGGAGCUUGCUCAGAGGUUGGUUCACAUUCAGGCUAGCAUUAUUUCAAAAUGCUUGCCCAAUAUUGUGCAUCAGAUUAAUACUAAGUUGAAUGCUUAUGUUGAUGAACUGAACAACUUGCCUCAGAACCUAUCGUCUGUGGCUGAGGCUAUGACAGGAUUCAUGCAGAUUAUGGGAUCAGUGAAAGAAUCCCUAAGGAAGAUCCUUAUUAGAGGAGAGUACGAUGAGUACCCUGAUGAUAUGAAUAUGCAUUGCAAAGCUCGUUUAGCUGAGAUGCUACGCGGGUUUUCAGAGCUUAUGCAUUCAAAAAAGAAAGAUGAAACUAAAUUAGGUAAUUUCCUAAAGGUUGAAAUUCAAGUUCUUGAGGAAGCUAAGGGAAUUGGACUACCCAAUUUCCUUCCUCACUCAGCUUUUAUCACUUUAUUGCAGAGGGAAGUGAAGGAAAUAUCACAAACUCCGGCUGAAUUCAUGACUAAAUUUUGGGGAUAUGUAGAAAGUGCAGCGCUCUCCAUUAUAAUGCAGCAUUCUGACAAUUACCCAUCUCUUCAGAGCUCCUGCAGAAGAGCUGCAGUUAAUCUGAUUUCUAGGAAGAAAGAUCAGUCAAUUAUUCGUGUCAAGGAGAUUGUGCAGAUGGAGACAUAUGCUGACUAUACUUGUGAUUCACAAUACCUAUCUGUCUGGAAUCGGCUUAUGUCGCAUCAGGAUAAGUUUAUGAAUAUUGUGGAAGGCAAAUCUGUACAGGUGAAUACAGGUAAAAAGGUAACCAGCAUGGAAUUCGAAGGACUUGGUAAGGUUGAUUUGGCACAUUUACAAAAGUAUAAGCACCUAGCUGAGCAAGCUUUUGACAUGAAGAUGCGAAUGAUGUCAUACUGGAAGAUUGUUUUGAAGAGGUUGGUGGAUUCCAUAGCUCUCCAUUUGCUGUUUAGUAUUCAGAAUUUAGUGAACAAUGAAUUGGAGGGUGAGGUUGUGAAUGAAGUGAUGGGACCUUACGGAGGAGGCGUUGAGAGGAUGCUAGAAGAGUCUCCAGCUGUGGCGGGAAAGAGAGAAAGGCUCAAUAAGAGCAUUAAACUUCUGGAGGAGUCCAAAGAUGUAGUUUCGAAGAUCAUGGACAGAAUUGCUGUGACAGAAUGA